GAAUUUUUGCCAAGCCACAGAGAGCUAUUUGACGAUAAUCUUAGAAACAAGUACCUCAACAAAGGUAAUUAUCAUAUGGACCAACAAGAACUUACUCAAUGUGAAACUCCAACUGUCAGUAGCGCAAGGGAAGGCAAGUGACCGGUUUUUGUUUUGUAUCUGAUUGGUUCAAGAGUGGCGCGAGUUCUCCGGAACCAUCUUAGAGUGAAGUAAAGAUUUGCGAAUAUAACUUUGAUUCCUUCAGGCACCAGAGGAAAAACAAGCAAGCAAAAGAAAAAAAAGAAGAAAAAAAAAAUCUUGUCGUGUCGUUCGGUUUCCCUAUAUUAUGUUGGAUGCUUAUGGAAUUCACAUGGAAGUCUACAUGUAAAAAAUUGAUUCAGUUACACGUUAACCAUAACACUGAUGGCAAAAUUGACCUAUAGUUCCGUAAUUAUAACUUUUCUAAUUCUUAAGCAGAUCCAACAGAAAAGGAUUGAAAAAAUAUGUGUACUUUAAAACAAUUGGAAUUUUCACUUUAUUACUUGAUCGUCCGAGGGGCAAUCUGCAAUAUUAAAAGUUGGUUUUUCUGUCCAAAAAUUUUUUGUAAUAAGUCUUCCACACCCGAAAGAAAUACGAAACAAUAAAAAACUUAGGAUUAUUCAAAUUUUUGUAUACGCAACAUUCUCAAACGUUUGUUUUUCUUUUCUUUUCUUUUUUUUUUGUCAUAUUUGGUUCUUAUUUUGUAUUGUUUGCUUGUUUUCUUUUUAGCAGUAGGAUCUGAUACAUGUAUGUCUUCAGACACCAUAUCACGGUGGGGGUUGACCUUUCGUAUAAAAAGAUGGACGUUCAAUAGGAGGCAAAUCAAGCAUAGUUUGGGAACUUCAUCUGAAAUAGUUUUCCUGGCGGUUAAGUGCCACUCAAAUCUAAUCUUGCCUGAAAUUAGGAUGAAAAAAUAGAGUAUUAGAUUCUUAACUCUAUUGUCAAAAAACGUUCAGUUAGAUCUGACUUUUAGUAGCUGUUCUACCAGUAGCUAAUUUCUUUUGUUCUACGCUAUUUUAAAUUUUUUUUGUCCCACUAACUCGACAUGCAGGAGGUCAAAAGGGUGUUUAUCUCACACAAAAAAAAAAAGGUAAAAAAAAAACCAAAACAAAAGACAGACUUGUUGACGGUAUUUUGCACACAUUACGAAAUUUGUCUCACAUAUAACUGAAAAUCGAUUUUGCGAUUAUCUAACUUAUUCCAAGUAAAACGACAAUAUAAAAAAACAUAUUGGACAUAACUUAUUUAAUGUUCUUUCGGUCUCCCGUAUGGUUAGACGGGUGUCAUAGUUGUUGCAACUCGUGCCGCUGGUUUGCCAUGCAUCCCACACAGCUGGAAAAGUUCAAGAACGACCUGUUACUGAGCCUUUAAAGAUUUCCUUUGGUGUUGAAAGCAUCAGUAGGAAUUGAAGUCGGCCUAGAGAUUAAUAGCGAUUCUCAUUCAAGGUAAGGAUAGUUUUUUAAUCAAACGCUCCCGCGCUUGCAGUGCAAAAUAUUGAGUUCAAUCUGUUAGGAAAUAUUUAACGAUUAUGCGGAUUUUUGAUUCUGUGUUUUUUGAAUAAACGGUAUGCAUUUCAACUGUACAUCGUGCUCCGGAGAGGAAAUUUGACAAUUCUAGAUCUCUUUGGUUUAUUUUCACCUGAGACCAAAAGAAAACAUCAUUAAUUCUUGUCGUCUACGAAUUCAUCCCAUAUAAAGUGCAAAUCAGGAGCAUAAUUUUUUUCUGUUCUUUCGUUUUUGUUUUUGUUUUUGUCUUUUUUAGAGAUGGCUUUCAAGUACACCUACAUUUUUUUCCUGUUUUGUGUGUUAUCUUUAUCAGCCCAGGGCAAGCACAUAAAGAGUAGACCAGAGAAAUCGCAAGGUAUAUUAUUUUAAUCGUCUUUCCGUUUGAAGUGUAAAAUCUAUUGAAAAACGUUUUAGCUCGUUCUCUGGGAGAGGUUAAAAUUAAUUCUACCUGUGGCAGAAAAAAAAGGUCUGCACUGCUCACUGGAGCAAUUAAUCCCUUGUUACAUAGAGCAGUUCAUCUUUCCGCGCUGAUAAAUAGAGAAUAAUACAUUUGGCAAAUCUUCCAGCUGUCGAUUUUCGUUCUCAGCCGCGAGAGAUGCCAUUACCAAGGCCACUGAAUACGUAACUUUCGGUUUUUAUUUUCGUAUUUUGGUUUUCUUCUCCUUCAAGGAAAAUUUCAACGUCACUGUCUGCAAGCGACACGAAUUUUUCAGUGUCUUAGCAGCCUUAAUCCGAGAAAAUUCUAACAAACAACCACGGAUUGAGGGUGGUAAAGGCUUUGCAGUUUAUUCAUCAACCUGACCAAUCUCGAGCCCAGUUUCAUUUUGGCUCCUUGUCAGCGGUGUAGUCACCGAAUAAUGACCUCGAGUGACGUGUCAGCAGCAGAUUGGCGAUAUCAAACACACAUGGUAAAAAAUCGCAUCUAUUCACGUGUGUUGUUACGGCUUUUCUCAGGGCUGGAAAUUUUUGUAUAACACUGUAGUUUAUAUGAUAAAAGUUAUUAUCAAGAAAUUCCAUAUCUUUGCGCGCUCGUGCUUUAAUUAAUUAAUUCAUUCAUUUAUUCAUUUAUUUAUCCAGGGGCAUCCAAUUCAGCAGAGCUAGUUUAAAUGGAGCCCUAUUAUAAUCCUCUAUUUAUCAAAUUUCUCUUUUAUAACACAUGUUAUGGAUAGUCAAUUCAAUCGGCUGUUCCCUCGCUACCGAGUGGUUCAAGAAAUUUAGUAUAAAACUGAUUUUUAACAUUUGUCGUAAGUUCAUGAGCCCAUUUGGUAGUGCAACGGACUGGAAUUUUAACGAGUGAACACGCUUGUGACCGUUAUACACAAUUCUUUGCUGUUGAUCGGGACGAGCGAUCGGUCUCACUGUCCCAUCUAUGAAUCCAAAACAAUUUUCUAGUGGGGCGCCUUUUGCAUGUAUGACAUCAGCAUACUCCUGUAACAAAUGAGGGUUCAAAAUAUCGUCAUUCCAUUGAGAUAUUCUGUGGCUGUGAUUGUUGAAAAUGUUGUCCAUGACUUCGUUCGUAAUCAUGCAUAACUCUGGAACUGGUCUUCCAAAUCGGCUGAUCAUAUCUGAAUAGCGACAAGGAUAAGAAAACCUUCUCAGUAGCAUGCAUAAACCUUCAAUUCUAUCACAGAUUGUUCUUUGCGGACAACGGAUGUUCAUUGGUAGUUGAAGAACGUUUGCCAGCACAGGAAUGUCUUGUUUUUGGACUCUGAACUCUGCCAAACACUCGGUUUCGUGAAUGUUUUCAAGAUCAAAUCUUGCAUACGAACUGUACGGAAAAUCAGGGUUCUUGGAACGGCAGCUCUCCCACAAGACCAAGAAUUCUUCAUCAGAAAUUAUUUUACUAUCAUACGCUAGUAACAGCAUCUCUCUUGUUUCACGAAAAGACAUUUUUCACGGGUUUUUUUUCAAGCUUUCGAGGCAGGUUUCGAAUGGGUUGCCGUCGCAAAAAUAUCUCUAUGCUUAAGUUUGGUUUUUGGCGGGAACGACGGCGCCCUCAUACCCAUUCUCGCUCGUUUGUAGACGUCGCCGUCGCCCGAAACACGUCUGGUGCUUAAGUUCCCUAAUAGGGACCUGAAGCAGUCAGGACGGCAACGCCAAGGAAGAGUUCGAUUAAAAAAAUGAAUUUCUGCCUUUAGUUAGAAUUCCAAAAAUGGCUGCAUGUGUUCACCGUCUUAUACGGCGCCACAUGAAGUUGAAGGUGUCGUGAGUUUGCCUAAGAUCCCUAGUUUGCGUGGUCCGAGAGAGGAAACCCCGACGGAAAAUUAUUUAAGUUUUCAUUUGGAACUCAACGCCGCUCUCAUAUGUUUUGCUGAGGUUAACUUGCGGCGCCGUAAUAGAUGAUAAACACAUCCAGUCAUUCGCGAAAUUCCAACUAAAAAUAUAUAUUCACUCUUAAAUCGACGUCUUCCUUGGUGUAGCCGUCGUAACUGCCAAAGGCCCGUAUAGCCUUAAAAGAGCAUCACAGCAUUUCGUUACACUACAGAGCCUACCAUAGUAAGUGUUGUUUAUUUCCUUUCAGAUGGCACAAGAUUUCAUAAGGCUCACAGUAAGGUAAAGGUGGACGGACACGAGUUCAAUUGCGACCAUUUCAUAUCCAAAAAUGAUCAUGGUACCUGGUGUGGCUGUGCGUUUCUGGGGUGCACAGGGAGUCACAACUGUCAAGAUGGAAGUUGGCAUUGUUUUAUCAAGAAUAAUAAUUAUGAUUACCGCCGCAUCACGACUGGCCAAACAGGAGAUUGUGACUGCCAUCAUGAAUAUAACAAAAAUGGAUAG